AUGGCUCCUCAGACCAGCAACAACGAAACCCAAUUCGUGUCGAAGACUCAGCACUAUCUGAAGGUGAAGAAGCCCCUUUUGGAGCGCCAGCGACGUGCCCGCAUGAACAAGUGCCUGGACACGCUGAAGACACUUGUGGCCGAGUUCCAGGGCGACGAUGCCAUCCUGCGCCUGGACAAAGCCGAGAUGCUGGAAGCCGCCCUCGUCUUCAUGCGCAAACAGGUUGUGGCCCAACAGGCGCCAGUGGCUCCCCUGCCCAUGGAUAGCUUCAAGAAUGGCUACAUGAAUGCCGUCAGUGAGAUCUCCCGUGUGAUGGCCUGCACCCCGGCCAUGAGCGUCGAUGUGGGCAAGACGGUGAUGACGCACCUGGGCGUCGAGUUCCAGCGCAUGCUUCAGGCCGAUCAGCAGUCAGCUUCCGCAACCGCAACCGCAUCCACAUCCCAAUUGGAAACCGCCUCUCGUCCCAUCAGUCCCGCCUCCUCGGGCUAUCACAGCGACACCGAGGAAUCCGAGGCCGCCGUCAGCCCCAAGCCCAGCAUGUGGCGCCCCUGGUAA